ACUUGUUAAUGGUUGUUCUUCGUUGGGAACGUCGUCGUAACUGCUGUCUGCCAUUUUGAUUAUCAAUAUUGUGUUCAUCCCUUACAAUUAGUAUAAAACGAGUGGUGAAAUAUUAUCAUUAUGAAGAUAAUUUUAAAUACAUCAUCAAUUAGGAUACAUUAUAGUAUUUUACAUCAAGCACACCUAUGAAAGGUGUCUUAAUAAGAAAAUGAAUCGAAUGGUAACUUGGUCCAAACUCUAUGAGCUGCAGUUUUGUUACUAAUUCAUUGUAUUAUACAACUGUACAUACAAUACGUAUUAUAUAUAUGUGUAUAUAUUGUGUAUAUAUAUAUAUAUAUAUAUAUAUAUAUAUAUAUAUAAUAGUAACAAAGCAAAAUUAAUGUUAAUAUAACAAAAUACUACUGAAUUUUGGCAUGAUAUUUUACGCGUUUAUAUAUUAUUAACAUAAAGAACUGUCUCAAGUUUGCACUAUUGAAUUUAUAAAAUUCUACUAAGAUGGGUUCUCAACAAGAAGAUAGAUCUCUCAGUGGUGGAAUUUCUUUGCCACAGUGGAUGAAAGGAAAAAUGGAUAAAUUUGAUUUUGAUGAUACUACUUUCCAAAGCCCCCCAACUUAUGACGACAGUUUCUUUUAUAUAAGGUAUCAAAAGUCGCAGAAUUCUAAUACAUCACAACAAGGAUUGAAAGAUAUUCUGAGUGAGAAAAAUAUCGCAGGCUCUACAAAUCAGAGAAUUAAUAAAAAAUCUAUAUCUGAUUUAAGUGAGCCCAAACAAGUUGAUUUUAGCAAACAUCCUUUGCCAUGUCAUCCAUUUAUACCAGCUACAAAUAGUGCAGUUGGAGAUAUUAAACCUCAGAAAAAUCUAUUAACAGGAAAUAUAAAACCCAAGUCACAAGGGACAGACGACGGUUUCCACGGUGAACCAGCUCUUUGUGGCAAAUCGAUUGUUCACGUGGCCAAUCAAAUGAUGUCUGGUAAAUUCACCAAAUUAUUCACAUCAGAUUCACGUCAGCAACAAAUGGAGACUUCUGUGAAGAAUGUCAGCAAGUCGUUACCAGCAUCACCGCUGGCAACGCCAACAGGAACUCCAGAUAGUUCGCCGAAAGCACGCAGAAAAAUCCACGCUAACAGAUACUUCUCGGGUGCGUUCGUACCAGACAAAGAGAAAUAUCAAGGUAGUUGGAUUUUAGCCAGUAUAUUAGGUCAAUCUAGAGAAAUCGUUACUGCAAAAAUUGAUGAAGAAGAUGAAUUCUUUGCGGAUGUUGAACCGAACAAGCCACUUAAUCGAAAGAAAUCGAUAUCUUCGCAAAAUCUUACGUACAUAGGAAAAGAAGAAAAGUCGACGGAUAAAACGUCUGUUUAUGUAAAUGUGCCAUCUGAAUUAAGAGAGAUGAAUUGUUGGUCGCCAACUUCCAUGUGAAGUUUUAAAUUUGCUUUAACUUUCACCAUAGAACUAUUAAUCAUACUUAGAGCUCUGUACUUAUCUGCAGGUACAUUAAAUCGAGAUCAGACUACAUAUAGAUUAAGGAUUGUGAAUUGAGAAUAUGAUUGGAAUAUGAUCAAUUAGGAAACAUGAGUCACAAAAUUGGAAUUAUUUGUUCGAAUUCUAAUCUGUAGUUCGCAAUUCUUAAUCUGUCAUAUAUAUAUAUAUAUAUAUAUAUAUCUAUAUAAUAUAUAUAUAUAUAUAUAUAUAUAUAUAUAUAUAUAUAUAUAUAUAU